CACCCCCCGAGCACACGGAUGCGCACAUGCGUUGCCACAGCAGCGGACGUACGCAUGACGCAGGCGCGGGUUCCACACACACUCUCUCCGGUAGCACAACAAUACACGCUCUCGCCGCUCCCCCUCCUCCUUACACCUCGCUCUCGGUAUGGCGGACGGCGAGAGGUCCCCGUUGCUCUCGGAUCUCGGCGAUGGAGCUUUGGGCAGUGGUAACGGCGGGAUGUCUCCCGGAGUGGCUUCACACGGUGCUCCCAACAAACCGCAGAGUUUUCCUCCGUUCCCGAGCUCAACUCAGCCUCCUGUGUUGAUGAGCGAGAACCCUCCUCCAUAUUCCCCGCUGACGUCUCCAGAAAGUGGAAGUGCUCCAGUCAUCAGCUGUAGGGUGUGCCAGUCGCUCAUCAGCGUUGAGGGCAAAAUUCACCAACAUGUGGUCAAGUGUGGAGUCUGCAACGAAGCUACACCCAUAAAAAAUGCCCCCGCAGGGAAGAAAUAUGUGCGGUGUCCUUGUAACUGUCUUCUCAUCUGCAAGGUCACAUCCCAAAGGAUCGCCUGCCCUCGGCCUUAUUGUAAGAGGAUCAUAAAUUUGGGGCCAGUCCAUCCGGGUCCAGCCAGUCCAGAACCACAACCUUCUGGAGCUAGAGUUUCCUGCGGACACUGCAGCAACACUUUCCUGUGGACUGAAUUUACUGACAGGACGCUGGCUCGAUGCCCCCAUUGCAGAAAAGUAUCUUCAAUUGGCCAGAGAUAUCCGAGGAGGCGGAGUCUGUGGUGUUACCUGCUGUGCUUGCUAUUUAGCAUCACAGCUGCUGGUCUGAUUGCAGGGACGUGGUCCCAGGCACGUGUGUACGGGGGUAUUUAUGCCUCCUGGGCGGCGGUGUUGUUGCUGGUGGUGUUGACGCUGGUCAGGGGACUUUACUGGAGCUGCAUGAGGGUCAGCCAACCUCUUCACAACCUCACAUAGAGAGAGAGACACGGCAAGAGAGGGGGUCUGAGAUUUGGGCUGGUGGGAAAAAAUAAAGUCCACAGGAAAAGAGCUAGAGAGAAUCAUGGUUAACUCUUAAAGCUUGAUUGUAAAGGCUGUAAUGAAAGGUCAAAGUAAAAUCCAGGCUUGAGAAACACGUGAAAAAAA